AUGGUGACAUUCAGUAUCCGGGCCGCUCUGGCUUCCUUACUCACCUUGGCACCGCUUGUCCUAGGAGCAUCUUUCCAAAAAGUCACGGAAGACUUUGGGCCCAACCCACGCGGCGUCGGAUUCUACAUUUACGUGCCAGAUGAGCUGGCCGUGAGCCCGCCCGUGUUAGUUAACCCUCACUGGUGCCACGGUGACGCCAAUGCAACCUAUACCGGCUCUCGAUACUCUGCGUUGGCAGACGAGUACGGGUUUAUCGUAAUCUAUCCCGACAGCCCAAAUCUAGAGGACAAGUGCUGGGAUGUGUCCUCAAACGAGACCCUCACCCAUGAUGCUGGUGGCGACAGUCUUGGCAUCGUGAGCAUGGUUCGUUGGACACUCAACAAGUACAAUGGGGACGCCAGUCGGGUCUUUGUCACUGGAAUCUCGUCGGGAGCCAUGAUGACCAACGUCCUCAUUGGCGCAUACCCGGAUAUUUUUGCAGCUGGAUCGGCUUGGGCCGGUGUGCCGUUUGGGUGCUUCGCCGGAGAUGGCUUCGACGUCUGGAGCGACGCCUGCGCUACCGGAAAAGUUGUCCACACAGCUCCCGAGUGGGCUGCGAUCGUUCGGUCCGCUUAUCCAGGGUAUACUGGCUGGAGACCGAAGCUGCAGAUCUUCCACGGUACUGUCGACGAGGUGCUGAACUACACAAAUUACGGGGAGGCUGUGAAGGAAUGGACUGCCGUCCUCGGCCUCAGCGAUACGCCCACGAGCGUCACCGCUGACUUUCCGAAGAGUAAUUGGACCAGGUCAGUCUACGGGAAUGACUGGUUUGAAGCGACAAGUGCGGCCGGCGUCACUCACAACAUAGGUACAAACGAGACGUUGGUGUUGGGCUGGUUUGAUCUCACCUGCAGCGGUGCAAACUGCUUCACGUGGGGGACGGGAUCACCGAGCAAUGGGUCAGAUAAUAGAAUCUCUCGGGAUAAUUCGCGACCAUACAAGUCUUUCCUACACCGUCCGCUCACUCGAGACCGGGGAUUCAGUGUAUGA